AUGUUACAAGACAACGAACAAGUUUCAUCCACGACCGAGAAUGCCUCUCCCAUGCUGGACGUUUCUGAAAGAAAAGAUACUCAACGUAUUGAAGUUCGAGUGGCGGAUGAUGGGAAACAAUUAUUAUAUCCCAACGUGGAAAACCAUUUCCCCAUGAAGACGGCGGAGAGACUCAUUGAUGAUAUUAUAGCUGACCUCUCCUUUCUCACUGGUAUAGCAGUAGAUAAUGGAUCCAGGGGAGAUAUCGAUACAAUGCUAGGGAAUGGAAUACUUAAACAAUCGAUGCUGAAUUAUUCAAAAGUAAAAAACCAACCUGGAUCAUUUGAAAUGGGGAGUCUGAUAGAUCAAGUGACAUUACAAACAAAAUACGAAUACAAAUCGGUCACAUGUCCUGAAUUAAAUAAAUUACAAGUGUUUUUCGGUGUCCUUUUCAAUAAUUCAACACAAAUAACUAAUUUAGAUGAGGUAACACAGUUCCCAAUCUACCAUUUGAAAGUUACAGUGAAGACACGUAAUCACCUAGAACUUACAAAGAAGCAUGCAGGGGUGACACAAUUCCACUUGGUUGAUCAACUGCAUGUCUAUGAUAAGCAAGAUAUCCCUACUUUUAACCCAGAGGAUCCAAAUCUAUUAGAUUAUGCCAUUUAUGUCUCAAAUGAUACGAAUAAACUAAUAUUAAUUGAAGUAUUUAAACCUGAAUUUCAAUCUGCAGAUGAAAUUGAAAGUUUCAAAUCGGAAAACAUUAAUGAACGUUAUCAAAAAGCAUGUGAACAAUUCGAUACAUUGAACCCAAAUGAACCACCAACUCAACUAGAUUGUUUAAAUACCCUUUUCAAAGUGUUUAAGGGUCCUUUAUCAAGAAAGAGCUCAGAUGAACCUUCAAAAACCAUUGAUUCCACAAAUAAAACAUUGAAUUCACAUAUUAACCCUGAAUGGUUAACAUCCAAAUAUGGGUUCAAUAUAGUCGUAGACGAAGAUUUGCCCAAUGCUCAACAAUCUGUUGAAUAUGAACCCCCUGAAUUGGUAAAUUAUGUCGAAGAUUUUGAAGUAAGAAGAUUGAGGGAGACGUAUAUUAGAAGAUGUUUACAACUGAUAUUUUGGGGGAAAUUAUCAAUUAAUUUAAGAAUUAAUGAUCCAACAUUGAAAAAUUCAAAGUCUUAUAAAUCAAUAAAUGCAUUACAGACCAAUUUUACAAUAACUCCAUUACUUCAGCUGUUUAAGGGAUCUGGACAAAACUUCCUCAUGGGCCCAGAAUCAAGAUCACCACUGGAUUUCAAUUUUCAUUUCAUAAACCUCUCAGCAUGCUAUCAUUAUACAGAUCGUGAUGUAAUUCGAAAUUACGAACGUCUUUGUCAUUUAGAUCCACAAAAUGUUGGUGUCUAUUUUGAUGCUCUUAACUACAUUGCAAACACUAAGGGAUCUUAUCAGCUAAUCGCAUAUUGUGGGAAACAAGAUAUUGUAGGUCAAGAAGCGCUAGACCAGGCUUUAAAAUCUUUCAAUUUGGAUCCAAUGGAGGUAGAUAUUACCAAAAUUAAUGAUUCUGUAUUAUUAACUCUUUACAAAAAUGAAUUGAAGAUUUCGACUUCAGAUAUACCAAAUUUGAAAAAUGCCAUGAGAUUAUUUGCCAAAGUGAAACAUUCAAGUAAAUUAAAGUUUUACAUUGAUCAUGAACCAUAUAGAAGAGUUGCCCAAGCAUAUGAAACUUUGGAUAUAGAUGAAUCUGUGGAUGACGAUAUUGUGCAAACAGCAUAUGAUAUUAAGGUCGUGGAUUCUCCUGGUUUAACAAUGGAUUGUGACAGAGCAUUAUAUACCAUAGCUAUCCAUAAACGUAGUCUGUUGUUGUUUACCUUUUUGAUAGAGAGAUGUCCAGAUUUUCAAGAAUACUACUGUCCAGAUCGCUUCACAUAUCAUGAUGCAUUAUCUAUGUUUCAAGUUAAUGAAAAUGCUGCAGAUGAGUUAAUAAUUAAAAACUUCCAAGCAAGAUGGUUUAAUGAAUCUGUUUUUGAGCCUGAAUCUUUUGUUAUUUGUGUUCAUGCCUUGGUUGAAAUUGGGUUACAGAGAAAUUCAUCAUUGAUUAGUAAUUUCCUGCAAACAGGGAAGAUUGAUCCCAAUUGUCUUCCAAUAAAGGAUUGGCCUGCAGGUAUAAAUAAUAUUGGUAAUACAUGUUACUUGAAUUCAUUACUACAAUAUUAUUUUUCCAUUGCUCCAUUGAGAAAUUAUGUAUUACAAUAUUCUAAGACUAUCGAGGAUUUUAAGACUCUAGAAAAUAAUGCUAGUACUGUAAGAAGAAUUGGUGGACGUGAAGUUAGUAAUAAUGAAGUGGAGAGAUCUAUUCAAUUUAUUUAUCAGCUAAGAGAUUUGUUUCAUGCCAUGGUUUAUUCCAAUGAGAGAUGUGUCACACCAAGAAGAGAAUUAGCAUAUCUUGCCUUUGCUCCUAGUAAUAUAGAAGUUGAAUUUGAAACGAAUGAAAAUCAACCCGCUACACAACAAGACAACCCAGAAGUGACUACAGCUGAACUAGGGCAAGAUAAAGAUGAGAAAGAAAGGUCGGUUGACUCUGGAGAUAUUUCUAUGUCGGAUAAUAUUACCCCAAAGGAUGCAGAAGAGGAAGAAGAUCAAGUAGCUGAGAGCAAUAAAAAUCAGGAUGUUUCUGCUAUAGUCUCCUCUCCGACAAAGGAUAUUAUCAUGACAGAUAACACAGAUACAGUGGUUUCCAAUGAGGGAACUUCUACUAAGGUUGCCAAGAUAAGUUCAGAUCAGCUAGAAAAUGCAUUAGAGAUGGGUAGGCAACAGGAUGUUACUGAAUGUAUUGGUAAUGUAUUGUUCCAAUUGGAGAGUGGGUCUGAACCAUUGGAUCUACAUGAAAACGACAAUGAACAAGAUGAUUUGGUGAAACAAUUAUUUUAUGGUGAACUUGAACAAACUAUUGUACCAUUAGCUAAUCCUGAUCAAAGGCGUCCAAAGUUGGAGAGGUUUUUGUCAUUAUUGGUGAACAUUGGUGAUCAUCCAAGAGAUAUCUACGAUGCCCUUGAUUUAUAUUUCAAAGAUGAAUAUUUGAAGAUGGAGGAAUAUGGUGAUGUUAAGAGAACAGUUGCUGUGACUAAAUUCCCCACUAUUCUUCAAAUUCAAAUCCAAAGAGUGUAUUAUGACAGGGAAAAAUUUAUGCCAUUUAAAUCGAUUGAACCAUUACCAUUUGAAGAAAAGAUUUAUAUGGAUAGAUAUAGUGUGACGGAUAAUCCUGAAUUAAUUGCCAGAAAAAAUGAAACCUUGUUAAUGAAAGAGAAAUUAGUUGAACUAAAGAAGAAACAACGAGACUUAUUAAGUAGGAAUAGCGUCGGAUUAUCCAAAAAAGAUUCUUACAUUGAACUCGGUAAAUUGUUAUCAUCGGACUCCCUGGAAUCUCAAGGGAUCAUUUUACCAGAAAAGGAUGAAAUGGUUUCUUCAUUGAAGACAUUGACUGCUGGAAUAGAUGACGAACUAAAUCAAUUGUAUGCUGAGAUUAGUCAACUGGAGGAAACCAUCAAUGGUCAAUUCAACGAAUUUAAAGGAAUAGGCUACUCUAUAUUUGCAGUGUUCAUUCAUAGAGGUGAAGCAAGUUACGGUCACUACUGGAUAUAUAUCAAAGAUCGUAGUCAAAAUGGCAUAUGGAGGAAAUACAACGAUGAGACUGUUAGUGAGGUGCCUGAAGAAGAAGUGUAUAACUUUACAGAGGGGAAUACAGCUACUCCUUAUUUCUUAGUGUAUGUGAAAGAAGGUGAGGAACAAGAAAUCGAACCGUUAAAAAGAAUAAUCGAGACAAAUCAGGAAUGA